AUGGCGACGCGCGCGGCCUUCGCUCCCUCGGCCGGGCGCGUCAGACCCAAGCCACGACGCGUCCCGACCCGCGCCGCGUCCGACCGGGCCGACGGCGGCGGCGGCGGCGCGCCGCGGGUCGAGCCCUCGUUCCAGCGGUCGGUGCCGCCCGGCGACGCGCGCGAGAGGGACGUGUGCACCACAUGCGGGUUCGUGGACUACAGGAACCCGAAGGUCGUGGUCGGCUCCGUGGCGGUGUGGGUGGACCCGGGGUCUCCCAAGGGCUUCCCCCCAACGGAGAAAAUUCUCCUGUGCAAAAGGGGCAUCGAACCCCGCAUCGGCAAGUGGGGCCUCCCCCAGGGCUUCAUGGAGCUCGGCGAGACGUCCAGGGAGGGCGCGGCGCGGGAAGCGUUCGAAGAAUCCGGCGCGUCGAUAACUCCCGGCGUCCUCCUCUCCGUGUACAACCUCCCGGGGCAGGUGCAGCUCCUGUACGUGGCGACGAUCGCCGGCGGGACGAUGGACGACGCCACGGGCGAGCACGUGCCGCCCGCGUUGACCACGGACGGGACGGAAUCCCUCGACGCUGGGUACUUCACGUACGAAGAGAUCGAACGAAUGGACGACGACGAUUUCGCGUUUCCGACGGUGCGGUGGGCCAUCGACUACUGGCGCGCCAACUACUCCUGGGUCGCCGGGUUCACGUACACCGGACGGGUGGUGCAGCCGCAGCAGCGGGUGAAGCGGUGGCCGCCGGUCGAGGGCGAGCCCGGGUUCGUCGACGAGGUGGACUACACGUACUGA